CGAUUUAUCCGCUUUGCCCUCAUCCAAAAUGGCCACUGGCGCUUCCGAUCCUCCUUAAGGCGGGCGGCGCGCCGGCGCGCCUGAGCUUGCUCUAAAACUGCUUUAUGGUUUGGGGCAGCAGCAGGAAGCGGAGCCGUCCGGGUGCUCCAUUCAAAGGGCGUCCAUGCGGGUGUGCUGCCGCGCGGCCCGGGCAGCCAGGUUUCAUGAGUCAGUCUGGACUGCCGGGAGCAUUUUCUGAAGAUGUACAUGUUGGUUGAAAGCCGCACGAGUUCCUAUCUUCAUCUGAAGAGGUCCCCUGGCAUCCGCUCUUGGUCUCUCUUUGUUGGAAUAGCCUCCAUAGGUUUGGCUGCUGCUUAUUAUAGUGCAGACAGCUUGGCCUGGAAGCUCUUUUAUAUGGCUGGGUGUUUCUUUGUGGCAGCGCAGAAUCUGGAGCAGUGGGAGGAAGCUGUAUUUGAUAAGAACAGGGGAACUGUGUGCUUAAAAACAUUCAAUCUUUACAAAAAAAUACUGACCUUCUCCAAAGGAGGCCAUGAACAAGUAGUGGCUGCACUGAAUGAGAUCCGAGAUGUGAACGUGGAAGAGGAGACGGUGCGGUAUUUCGGGAAGGGCUACGUCGUUGUGCUCCGCUUUGGCACUGGAUUCUCACACCCACUGACUCAGAGCGCAGUGUUGGGCUGCAGAAGUGAUGUGGAAGCCAUUGCCAAACUCAUUACUAGUUUUCUGGAACUGGACAGAGUAGAGAGCCAACAAGAUCUCUCUCAGAGCAGCGAAACAGAGGCUAGUGAUGCAGAUGAACCACAGGAUACCUAUUAAUAGUCAUCAUGAGCUGAAGAAAACAGAGGCUUUUGAACAUCUGGAAAAUAUACUGAUUUUUCUUCAGGAAAAAAAAAAUCCCUCAACUUUGACCUGGGCAUUUCUCUACAUGUGCAUUUACAAUGGGAGGAAUCUGUCUUAGGGGUACCUCAUUAGUGCUAAACUGCUUUGAGAUCUGCACUCCCAGUACUGCUGUUGGAGAGUCCAAAGCAAAUUGUGUUUUAUGUGCUCCUUUGCCUUAGUUCCUGCUCAUGGACACUGCUGGCUUUUGAGCUCAAACUUGUCUAGGAGUAAUUUAUUAAUGGGUUGGUUUGAAAUCAUGUAUUACUUUCCCACUGAUGAAGUGGAGAUGCAGAUGUAAACUUUGACUUAGUGCAAACAUCUGCUGCAGGUACAGUACAUGAAAUGUAGAAGAGCUGAAUUUGUAACUCAUAACACAGUGCUGUGAGGUUGAUACUGAAAUGUUGCAGAUGACUGAAUGUAUUGCUGAAUUGGUUUUAGGCAGCUUCAUAUAUGCAGUUAGGUGAUGCAGAAUAGUGGCACUUUCAUAGUCUCUACUACUGACUUGCUAUUAGAUACUAGUGGAAAUUAAAGUCUGAGUGAUUGUCUUGGAAUUGGAAACAUCAGUUUGACCUUGUUACAUUCUCUCUUCUGCACUUUCCAAGGAGCUGCAAAUAGGAAACAAAAAAUGAUCAUGGUGAUGUUUCAACAUCUUCAGGAUGUUGUAGCUUAAUCCUGUUUUACUUCUCUUCUGGGCGUAGUCUAGCCCAAGGCAGAAUAACCUUUUUCUAAACUUAAACAUUUACUAUUUUAGCUGUGUAUUUAGAAAGGAAGAACACAUCUGUUACUUGAGGGAGGGAAGAAACUGAUGUGAAACAUGAUCUAGUUUUGUUUAGUAUUUGCCCACUUGAAAUGAUACCAGUAUUAUUUUUUUUAUGAUAGCUGGGAUAGAUUUAAUGUUUGUUUUGCACCCCUGUUUUGCUCCAGGUGUGUAGUGUCUUCUCUUCUGACCAGCGGUUUCACAAGUAGAUAAAAUACAAAUCUUCCAAGAUACUUUUUGAAGUUAAAGCUACCUCUGUUAGUCCACAUCUUCUGUCUAGAGCUAAAACUUCACCAUGCCUAUAUCAACAUGUCAGUACAAGAAGAAAGGAACCUUCUGCAAAGAACUGAAGGUUCCUUCAGCAUGCUGAAACUGGUGGUACUAAAGUUCACUAGGUUUUAUUUAGGAAUUGUGGGAUCUUAAGACCUGAAUUAGAAAAUACUUACAUGGUUACUUCUAGGAGAUCUGAAUGAGGUACAAGGUAACUGCAUGGUCUGACUUCAUGUUUGGCCUGCGCAAAUGUCUUUGGGCAGCAGUUUCUUCAGAGCUUAAAAGAACUGAGUUCUUGUUUCUAAGCACUCUACCUCUAUGGAAGAAAAAGCUAUGAAAAGUUUUCAGCAGAAGCUAUGUCCUGUCAGCUAUAGUUUUAUAGUGUUUCAGCUAUAUCUGAAACUAAGGGCAUGCUUAUCUGACCAAAGAACAGGUGGUACCAAGAAUUCAUGUCCAGGUACUUAGAGCUAGUAUGUCAGCUGUGAGAAAAAGAUGCUCUUACUGCCAGUUUGAAUGGGUAAUAAAAGUGAAACAGGAAUUCUCCAUUUAAAUCCACUGUGAAAUAUACCCUAAGUAUGUAUAUACAUCCUUGCCUUAGAGAGGAGAAUGAGAUUGGAAAUACGGAGCUUUUGAACUACAGUGUAGAAUGAGAAUAUUGGAUUUUAUAAGGACUUCCAGUAAGAAAUAGUGAAGAAACUAGAGUAUUUAAUGGCAUAAUAUAAGCAAAAGGGCUCAACCUGCAGAUAACCACUGCUUUGAGCAGGGGCAUUUAGAGGGAGUACAUUGUAGAGAUGUGCAGUGCACUUAAAUUCUGAGCCUGCAGAUUUGAUCAUGGAUGAAAGUGACAAAACUACCCACGUUUGAUCGUGGCUAUACUGGGUUUCUUCUGUAUUUCCAUGAGAGCUAACAUUCUGUGGAAGAUAGAAACCACCAUUGUUUUCCAGUUAAAAAUCUGCUUUAGAAAGGUAUUUCUAUUGAUCUAAACCUGUGCUGCAUUGUGUGCCCUGCUGCUGCUGAGCUCUUUUGUGCAUCUUGUGUUAGUAAUGUAUAUACUUAUGGACUAUGCAAAAACUAAAACAGUGUAAGGAAAAUUCUGAAUCCCUGGAAAGGGGGAUGACCUAUAGCAAGAUAGAACAUUGCUUGAAGUACAUCUGAGUAGUAAGUUGCAUUUUGAGUUGAUGUCCAGUGAUCAUCUCUGAAGAUGUUCUGUAGUGUCCCCCUCACACCUCAGUCCUCUGAUUGGUGGUAGGCAGGAGAGGGGUGCCUGCUGGCAUGCACUGUGUUGAGGAGUAUUUUGACUCCUCAGCCUGUCACUUGACACAGCUGAUGUAAUCCUCUCUUCCACUUUGCUGUGGCAGCUCUGUUGCUGUACAAACUGCCAGUUUCAACUGGGAACCCGAGUUCUAUACAUGAAGGGAGACUGAGUAAAGUCUUCGAAUGCUGAAGGUUCUGCCUGUGGGCUGUAUGUAGGGCACUGCUGGCUGAUGAAUGUAACUAGGAGCAGGUUAAGAAUGUCUUGUCUUGGUAAUUGGAUGAUGCUUUAUGUGUAUGUGUAUCACAGGCUGAUGUGUUUUCUCUUGAUCCAGGUUUUGAGCUUCCUGUCUUCAAAAGCCUUGUUUCUUAUAGUUAGAACAGCCAGAUUUUCAUGUUUUGCAAUAACUCUGUGCAUGGAAAAUUAACUUGCAAAUUGCCAUUAAUGUGGAUUUGGUUACGGCGAUGCCUGUGGACUCCUCAAGUUGAAGGAACUGCUGAGAGCAGCAGAUGCUAACCCAGAACAAGUUCUUUUCUUACCUCUG